UCGUAGUCGGGAGACUCAAUCUGACGCCUGCGCCAAGAGCUCCAAUUUCUGAGGGCGGUCAAACCUCACCUUCUCGCAACUGCCCGGGAAAGGAAAUGCGCAUACGCCAUGGCUGAUUCCGCCGAAGAGACCGGCGCCAAUCCCGUCAACGAGCCCUUGGAUCUCGUCCGGCUGUCGCUGAACGAAGUCGUGUUUGUGAAGCUGCGCGGAGACCGCGAGUUGCAGGGAAGGCUACACGCAUACGACAGCCAUUGCAACCUCGUGCUCGGCGAAGUGGAAGAGACGAUUUACGUGGUGGAUGACGAGGAGGAUGAACAGGAGGAGAAAGUCAGGACGGUGAAGAAGCAGAGCGAAAUGUUGUUUGUGAGAGGGGACUCGGUGGUUUUAAUCUCGCCUCAGCAAUGACACUGCAAGGAGACAGGAUUGUGCGGGGGUGAUAUCACAAAGGCGUGCUCUUCAGAGAUCGGGAAGAGGCCCAAGCAGCUGAUACCAUUGGCGGUAGAGCAGCAGCGCAAGCAGCAGCAAGUCCUGUAGCUUGUGAAAAGGCUCCACGUGGAAGAUUGGGAUAUGCGGACGGGGAAAAGAUCAAUGGCCGACCGCGAGACCAGUCUUCCAGAGGCUCCCAACCGCAAUCAUACAAUCCAACCAGAGAUAUCAGCGAAAGGCACGCCAUUAGAGCAUUCAUAAACCAUUGACGCUAUCAAACAUUCAACAUUUCAAAGUCGCAUCAAGACAUUCCCAUACCUCCCAAUCACACCACCUCCCACUGACAAACAAACCCAUACCCCAUUCCCACCCUCCC